AUGGAACCACAUACAGUCAACAUGGAUCAUACUGAGAUUCCGAUCAUCGACACCGAUGAAUCUCUUUUUGAUGUUCUGCCUAAGCUGUUCAACUUCAUUAGCAUGGCUGUGGGCGACAUGGCAUAUACAUUUGAGCAAAUGCUGUACGGCUCCCAAGGGCACCGUCUCAGACAGCUAGUUCAUGCUUUAGCCGAAGAUAGCCAUAACCCAUUUAUCAUUGUGGCUUUGAUGAUCCUGAAAUGGGAAUUUGACACUGCCAUCGAGGACGACUGGGGUCUCAAUGAGAGCAGAGGUGCAGCAUGUGAGUUCGUUGCUUGGCAAUUCUUGUGUCAUCUGAACCAGCAUGAGACAAUAGAGUUCUUGCUGGAGGAGCUUCCGAUCCCACGCCGCAAUUCUGCAAACUCCUUUGAAACAGAGGCAGGUGUGACAUCUCGAGGUGGCACACAAACCAGCGAAAACGAGACCACGCCCCUUUUAAGCUCAUUCUCUUUGAGUCGUCUUUUCAGUGGUAGGACGAACGAAGUCGGGUCUCCGGGGAACUCACAGGGCACAAACUCGCAGGACGAGACCUACGCUGCCCAGAGAUAUUCCCAAUUUUUCGGAUUGAAUGCAUUGGAGAUCGCAACCAUUGCCCACGCAAAGCGAUUUCUAAGCCAACGAGUUGUUCAGCGGGUUGUUAAUGAUAUCUGGAAAGGGGAGAUAGUGUUCUGGGAUUCUUUGACAGUGCAUUCGACCAAGAAACCCCAACUUUUCAACAGAAGAACAGCAGAUCCGUACUCACGCUUGAGGGUGCCCAUUUACCGCAAAAUUUUCGAGGCAGCUUUUUUCGUCUCAUUUCUUUUCCUCUACUACGCCGUCCUUGUUGAGAGGAAGCAACAUGCCGUUGGUGUUUUCGAGGCUGUGAUGUACGUGUGGAUUGUUGCCUUUGCGUAUGACGAGCUGAGUGGGAUCAUCGAUGCCGGAGUCAUUUUUUACCAAAUGGAUUUCUGGAGCCUGUGGAAUAUCAGUAUUAUUGGAGUCGGAAUGGCAUUUGUCAUAACCCGAGUCAUUGGGCUAGUCAAGGGUGACAACUCCAUGAUUGAACUAUCAUUUGACAUUUUAUCUCUGGAGGCUCUGUUUCUCGUGCCAAGGCAUGUUAUUCGUGGAGCAUGCAUGUCUAAUACCGGUAUUGAAGGAGAUGGUACGGUGAUCUCUCUAGGCUUCGAGCCCAAGGCUGACCACCGAGUGUUUCAGACGAAAGCGUUCUUUAGAUUCUUUCCUGUGGUGAUAGUUUUGUAUAUUGGGUUCUUGACGACAUUUACCAUGCUCGCCCGUGACCGCUUGUCUCUCGAUACAAUGUCACAUUUAUUAGUGAAGGUGUUCUUUGGUUCAAGCGUUCUUGGCUUGGACACCGCGUCUGAAAUCUCCCCAAUCUUCGGCUACGGCUUGAUGCUUAUUUUCGCAUUGAUGACCAAUACACUCAUUCUCUCAUCCUUGAUCAGUUUGAUGAGUAUGAGCCUUGAAGGGGUAAUGCGUCAUGCCCGAGAAGAAUAUCUCUUUCAGUUGGCGAUCUAUGUUUUGGAAAGCAGUAAUUCUCGACGACUGACAUACUUCAUGCCACCCCUGAAUCUAAUUCCCCUGCUUUGUAUCCGCCCCAUGCGAAUUUUCUUGUCUGCGGGAACUGUUCGCCGCGUGCGCAUUGUCUUACUUCGGGCCACGCAUCUUCCCUUUGUCGCGUUGAUAUGGGCAUAUGAGUCGAAGUGGCAACAGCCGCGGCGACACAACAGUCGGCUGCCCCCAAUGUCGGCACGCGCCUAUCGUACUUCUGCAAACGAGGCGACUGUGUCUAGGUGCCAGGACCCACACCACCCCUCCGUAAGGACAGUUGAAACAAGUCUGGGCCCUGGAAAAGAACGCAGUGUGGAUCAGCAAGCCGCGCGUGAAUCUGGCAUGGAGCAGAGGCAAUCACAAUUUACGGACUUGAUCGACACGAUAGAACGAUUACGAGCUCAAGUGGAUGCAAUUGCCGCACGACAAAACUAA